GAUUUUUCGGUGCCUCUUUCUUCGUGAAGCAUAAAGAUGUCCUAUGUCCAAGUGCCCAUGUCCUAGAAGAAAUUUCGAGGCUUCUUGGUUGCAAAUUUCAAUCACCUUUCCAUACUUUCUAGAAAAUUGUCCUUUUCUGCAACACUUUCCUUUUCUCUUUCUUUUCUAAUUUUUAGUAUUACUUGUUUGUAUAACACUUUCCUUGACUCAAUGCAAAACACAUUCCUUGGGUUUCUGUCACGCUGUCCUAGAGAAGAAACUGAAGAAAACAGGAAGUGGUUUCUGCUUGUUCUAAAAUCUUGCAGGACCCCGGGAACAAAACAGGCAGAGAUUGCAAUUCUACUCCCAGAAAAAAAAUGGGUAAUUCUGGGAAUAAUCUUCUUGCUGUGAUGGCCAAGAACAUUGAUGUUAUAGCUAUGCCUGUGAUUUCUCUCGUGUAUCCUCUGUACGCUUCUAUUAGGGCCAUAGAGACUAAAUCUCGUGCUGAUGACAGGCAGUGGUUAACUUAUUGGGUUCUUUAUUCUCUAAUUACUCUGUUCGAGCUUACAUUUUUCAAAGUUCUUGAGUGGUUACCCAUUUGGCCCUAUGCGAAACUGAUUGGUAUAUGCUGGCUAGUCCUACCUCAGUUCAACGGAGCAGCUUAUGUUUAUGAGCAUUUCAUUAGACCUUUCUACAGGAAUCCACAAGUUAAGAUCUGGUAUGUACCUCGAAAGAAGGAUGUUUUCAGUAAACCAGAUGAUGUCCUUACUGCUGCAGAAAAAUACAUUGAAGAAAAUGGACCAGAAGCCUUUGAGAGAAUGAUAGCCAGGGCUGAUAGAGAAGCCCGGGCGAGGAGGAGCAACUAUAUGAUCUUUGAAAAUGAUAGAGGAUAUUAUUAACACCCUGUAUUUACUGGUACCGCACCACAAAGUUGGGGUACUUUUUCUGGCUCAGAACCAACUGGGCAGCGAGUAUAUGAUCACUUGACCAUCUUUCGUUGCAUUUUUCUGAUUGCAAAGCUUGUUGAAACUGAGGUUACCUGUAUAUCGAAGUGUGACUAAAGUACUACUAAGGUAUAUGGACGACUUGUCCAUCAGAAUAACUCUUUAUUCUGCUUAAUGAUCUUCGCUACUUCUCCAUCAGCAUUGUUCAACAAGUGCUGCAGCUGCUUGCUUUCAUUGAAAUCAAGCGUCAACAUUGUCAAUGCCAGGGGAGAAGGGAAUAUAAGUGAGAGACUUCGGGUUCGAGUCUUUCCACUUAUACUAAAAAGAAAAAAUUUAUUAAAAAAAAAAGCCUCAACAUUGUCAGUGGAUUAUGUUCUAAAUAGACAGAUUCGUAGGCUAUUGAUUUUUUA